AUGCCCUUGGUCGACUGGCCGCGAUAUUAUCAUGCUAUCGCGCCAUUUCCUACUCAUGAGUACCUCUCUUCAAGUCCAGAUCUCAUUGUGGAGAUUGAUUUCAUGAGAAGAAUAACUGAUCUUUUACAAUCAACGGAUCCCCGAAUAAUUACAAACUAUGUCCUUUUGCGGUAUUCUUCGAGUUGGUCAGGAGAAAUGGGUGAGAGAUAUGAAGAUAUUUCUCAGGAAUUCAACCGAAUAAUGUAUGGAAAACAGCAGAAAGCACCUAGAUGGAAGGACUGUACCAGUCAGACUAUGCACCGAUUGCAUUACGCCACUGGCGCUAUAUACGUGAGAAAAGCUUUUGACCAGGCGUCUAAAAAUGUUACCUUGGAAAUGAUCGACGAUCUACAAGAAGUAUUCCGCGAGAUUCUUCUCACCACUGACUGGAUGGAUGAGCGAACUAGAACCGUAAGCUAAUG